CGUAUACCAUCGAUACGAGUGCACCAAAAGACACGACCCGAGACUGAGAGACUGCUCAGUGUUUCACUAAUUCAGUUGCGACUAAAAUAUCUGAACCAACACUUCAGUGCUUCACUCCCAACUCCAUUCAUAUAUAGAUUUUUAAACACAACUAUAGAUUCAAGUAUUCUUGUGUUGGCAUUCAUUUCAUUCGUGAAUAUAUUUCCAGUGUUUGUUUCAACGCAAGAUCUGUAUAUUCUUUAAGUAUUUGUUUACUUAGUUUUUGUUCACACAUUCGCGUUAAUAAAUUAUUCAUAAUUACAUCCAAUAAGCCAUACAUAUAUCGAUACGCGACGCCAAUAACCAAGUGUUUGCCAGUGAUUGAAAUUCUGUGCGAAAUUUAUGUGAAUUUCAGUGAUUUUGAAGCCAUAAGAAUCGGAAGAUUUGUUCAAAAUGCUUGUGCCUCCAGAUUCACAGAUUGGGGCCACAAAACUGCUCUUUCAUAUCAAUAAAUACUGUAACGAAAGAGUUGUCUACCGAAGGGGACAAAUCGCCAAAACAAUCCGCGAAAUCACGAAAAUAGUUCAGGAUGUGCUCAAAGAAGUCGAGGUCCAGGAGCCCAGAUUCAUAUCCAGCCUCACUGAAUGCAACGGACAUUAUGAAGGUCUGGAAGUGAUAUCGCCCACAGAAUUCGAAGUAGUCUUAUAUCUGAACCAAAUGGGAGUUUUCAACUUUGUUGACGACGGCUCACUGCCGGGAUGUGCUGUCUUGAAGCUAUCGGACGGCCGAAAGCGGUCGAUGUCUCUAUGGGUUGAGUUCAUAACAGCGAGCGGUUACUUAAGUGCACGUAAAAUACGGUCUCGAUUUCAGACACUAGUGGCCCAGGCCUGCGAUAAAAGUAGUUAUCGGGAUUUGGUUAAAAUGAUUGCCGACACCAGUGAAGUGAAGCUCAGGAUCAGAGAGCGAUAUAUCGUUCAGAUCACACCUGCGUUCCGAUGCAGUGGCCUCUGGCCUCGUUCGGCGGCGCACUGGCCAAUGCCGACCUGUCCCUGGCCACCCCCUAACAUUGUCGCCGAAGUUAAAGCCGAGGGCUUCGACCUCCUCAGCAAAGAGUGUGUCUCACUUCAGGGAAAGCAGAGCUCUAUGGAAGGCGACGCUUGGGUUCUCAGCUUUCUUGAGGCAGAGAAUCGAUUGCUUCAGGGCGGAUGUCGUAAAAAAUGUCUUUCAAUCCUGAAGACCCUACGCGACCGUCAUUUAGAUCUGCCGGGACUGCCUAUAAAUGCCUAUCAUUUGAAAACCUUAUUAUUAUAUGAGUGUGAGAAACACCCGCGAGAGUGUGAAUGGGAUGAAGUGUGUUUGGGUGACCGCAUCAACGGAAUACUUCUGCAACUCAUAUCAUGCCUACAGUGUCGUCGGUGUCCCCACUAUUUUCUGCCUAAUUUGGACUUAUUUCGGGGCAAAUCACACAGUUCACUCGAAAACGCAGCGAAGAUGACAUGGAGACUGUGCCGAGAAUUGCUAACAAAUUCAAAAUCAUUUGAUAAACUAUAGGAUCCGAGCGUCCAUUGCGAGGACCAUUGAGUUCAAAGACGAUUUUCAAAAGAAUUUAAUUUAGAUCUCGUUAUUUGAAAUUUAUAUAAUGUAUUAAUACGUGUGAUUGUAUUUGUAUUUGUAUUUCUUUUUUAUAUAAUUCUGUUGAAACAAAUCAACAUAAAACCUGAACCCAUGCUCAUUGGGAAUCAGUAUAAUAUCGAUAAAAAAUAAUAUAAAAUAUACGGAUCUUAGAUACUGUUGCUCACGAUUUUAAGCUGAAAAAAUGUAUGGGAAAGGAGGGACGGAACAGAUUUCAAUAUGAAUUGGUCCUAAAGAUGUUUAAAUGAUUUUCAUAGCUGUCAGCCAUAUAUCUGAUAGUUUGCUAAAAGAGUGAACAAAUAAUUUAUUCUAAAAUUACUUCAUCAGAGUCUGUGUGUAUUAGUGACGACCAAAAACUUGUGUAAAACUUAAUGUGAGAAGCAGUCAGUAGUCAAUCGGAGAAAGUAGUCUUUAUCUCUCUUUUAGCCUCUAAUCUAAAACAAUUACUUCACUAUUACUAUACGAUUUGGCCCGAAGGCCAGUCUUUUUCAAUUUGUUAUGAAA